UUCUGUGCUGUAAACUGCAUGGAUGAAAUGCAGUUCAUCAGUGUCAACCCUUCUACUCAACGAUUCUUGGACGAACAAGGCAGAGAAAGGUUCUUUCACGGCACUAACAUAGUUGUCAAACACUUCCCUUGGCAUCCAAAGCUGGAAGRAUUUGCACCAGAUACGUUUUCUGAACAAGACAUGGAGCUGAUGCAGUCGCUUGGACUGAACGUGGUUCGUUUAGGCUUCAUGUGGCCAGGUGUUGAACCUACACGAGGUCAUUACAAUAAAACGUAUCUUCAGAUUGUAGAGAAGAUGGUGAAUAUGUCAGCAAAGUACGGCAUCUACAUCUUACUAGACAUGCACCAGGAUGUUAUGUCGAGGAAGUUCUGUGUGGAGGGUUUUCCAGACUGGGCUGCCAAUCCAGGAAAUGCAAAGAACUUUCCAGAACCACUGCAUGCUCCGUUUGCUUUGGACCCUAAAACUAACUAUCCAACCGAUGAGGAUUGUGCAAAGUUCUCCUGGGCAUCGUAUUACAUGUCAGAAGCUGCAAGUGCUGCAUUCCAGAACUUGUACAACAAUACCGAUGGAUUGCGUGACAGUUGGGCAGCUUUCUGGGCCAAAGGAGCUGAAACUUUUCGAGACUAUCCGAGUGUUAUAGGCUACGAACUGAUUAACGAGCCAUGGUCAGGAGACAUCUAUGCUGACCCACUUUUGAUGAUACCUAGGGUUGCAGACCGAAUGAACUUAGCACCCGCUUAUGAGGUUUUGAGUAAAGCCAUUCGCGCCAAGGAUGACAGACAUUGUAUAUUUUUUGAACCWGUGACGUGGGAUGAUUAUGGAGUAGGAUUCGAAGAAGUACCCGGUGGCCCAGAGUAUAAAAACAGAAGCGUUCUUAGCUAUCAUUAUUAUCAUCUACCCCUGGGACCUUCUGGCCCAGUUGAGAUAAACUUCCUAGUGCGAGAACAUGACUUGAAGAGAUUGAARUGUGGAGGAAUGUUGACGGAAUUCCAGACAUCUGGUGGGAAACUAGAAAGCGCUUUAAAGACUAUGUCAGUUGCAGACAAACAUCUGCAGUCUUGGACAGGCUAUGAUUACAAGCCAUACUAUCCACCCAAUCGAACUGUUCCUAACAAGAGACCAAGUCUGUGGACUGAAGAUGGACCUAUCUACGCGCAGAACACAUCCCGUACCUACCCUCAGGCAGUAGCAGGGCACGCAGAGAGUUUCAGCUUUGAUCCAACUACUAAAGAGUUUCACUUGAGUUAUGUGAUUAGCAGCGAGUGUACAUCCAACAAGACAGAGAUCUACUUUAAUCACGAUCAGUACAUGUCAGUUGGUGGGGGUUUCUUGGUGUCCAUCAGUCCUGAAGGAUCUGCCAAAUGGUCCAAUCCUUCCAAGAAUAGGAUCAUCAUCGAGAAUAUUGCAACGAGUGGAACGAUCGAGGUGCAAAUUACACCCGGCCAUUAAUGUAUAGUUUGUGAAUAAAUCUGCAAACCAAAAGUUA